AUGUCAGCCAUCGUGCGGCCGAUCAAGUGGUUCUACCAUGAAUUUGGGCUCGCCGCUAUCCACGAGACGGGCCGCAAUGCCUAUCUCAUUAUCUUGGCUCGCGCACUGCGGAUGUUCGCAUACGGCACGAAUAGUUUGAUAUUAGCGAUCUUCUUCUCGGCUCUCAAAUAUACCGACCAUCAAAUCGGACUCUUCAUGACCUUAACAUUGGUGGGAGAUGUGCUUCUUGGCACCUUCCUUACGCUCGUCGCGGACAAGGUUGGGCGAAGAAAGGUGUUGAUCGGAGGUUCCUUCCUGAUGGUGUUGACCGGCGUGGUAUUUGCAGUAUUUGAGAAUUUCUUUAUACUACUCAUGGCCGCUGUGGUUGGAGUCGUCAGUGUCACAGGUGGCGACUUUGGUCCGUUCCGAAGCAUCGAAGAGUCCGUUCUUUCACAAUUGACGACGCCAAGCACACGGCCAGACGUGCUGGCAUGGUACGUCACAAUUUCUGCAAUCGGGUCAAGCCUAGGCAGUGAAGUCUCCGGUCGACUGAUACACGCGCUACAAAACGUGGGUUGGGAAGUGGUGCCGAUCUAUCAUGCACUGUUCUGGAUCUAUGCCAUCAUGGGGGUCACCAACGCGAUCUUGAUGCUGAUGUUGAGUGAUGCCUGCGAACUCCAAACCACGGAUACCUAUUCCCAAGUCCCUCAAGACGAGGCAGAGGCAGAGAUGUCAUCCACCCAGCGGCCGACUGGCAGCACCCUGAAGGAAUAUCGGCGCGAGACCCGUUCCAUCAUGUACAAGCUGUGGAUCCUCCUUGCCUGUGACUCGGUCGCAGACGGAAUGGUUCCUUACUCACUCACAAAUUAUUACAUGGACAUCAAGUUCCACCCAGCGAAGUCUACACUUGGAGAUGUCACUUCCGCCAGCUACUUCCUUGCUGCCAUCGGCAGUACUUUCGCUGGGCCUCUGGCCAGAAAGAUUGGCUUGAUCAACACGAUGGUCUUCACGCACGUGCCGAGUUCUGCGGCCGUGCUUUUCUUCCCGGCGCCGCCAUAUUUCUGGUUGACUGCAGUGCUUCUGCUCGUUAGAGCCGGGCUGAAUAAUAUGGAUCAAGCUCCGCGAUCAGCGUUUAUUGCUGCGGUUGUCAAGCCCGAGGAACGCACUGCAGUCAUAGGCAUCACAUCAACAAUUCGCACUGUCGCAGCAACAUCUGGUCCCACAAUUACAGGCCUGUUGGCGGCCAAGGAGGCUUUCUGGAUUGCCUUCGUCGCUGCUGGCAUAUGUCGUUUGGCCUACGACUUUGGCCUAUGGUAUCUGUUCUCGACAGUGAAGGUUGAAGAGGGUGGCGGCGUCGGUGACAAAGAGGCGGCUAACCGACUGUCUGAUGAGGAAACCUCGCUCGAAAUGGCUAGCCUGGCAAGUUCAGAUGAUGAGGAUAGCAGUCCUUGGGCUGCAAACGGGAGACGGUCGCCUCCCAAGGCUGCCGAUGGGUAUGCCCAGGCACAACCCAACGACGGUAUGGCAAGCGUAAUGCACAUGAACCCCAAUAGCAGUCUACAGGCGCCACAAGGUGGGCUAGAUCGGGUCAGAAGUCGGAGUCCGCAUCGAUCCUCGACGGCAGAAGACAUACUCUGA